AUGUUCUUCGAUGGGGCGGCCAACUCCAAAGGAGUAGGCGUUGGAGCAGUUUUGAUUUCAGAGUCAGGCCAGCACUAUCCUGUUUCAGUGAAACUCAAGUUUCCAUGCACCAAUAAUAUGGCGGAAUGUGAGGCUUACAUUUUUGGCCUCAGAAUGGCUGCUGAUAUGAACAUACAGGAACUUCUGGUUAUAGGCGACUCAGACUUGCUGGUUCAUCAAGUGCGGGGCGAAUGGACCACUAAGAAUGUGAAGAUACUUCCAUACCUGUAUCGCAUGAAAGAUCUAUGUAAGAGAUUCAUCAAGGUGGAAUUCAAACACGUUCCAAGGACACAGAAUGAGUUCGCGGAUGCUUUGGCCACCUUGUCCUCUAUGAUUCAACACCCAGACAAGAAUCUCAUAGAUUCUAUCAUGGUGAAUGUGCACGAUCAGCAUGCUUAUUGUUUCUACGUAGAUGAAGAACCUGAUGGAGAGCCGUGGCAUUGGCACGAGAAACUGCCGUUAGCUCUCCUCGAUUAUCGUACUACUGUGAGGACUUUAACUGGAGCAACACCUUACCUUUUGGUCUAUGGGACAGAGGCAGUGUUACCCGCGGAGGUGGAGAUACCAUCAUUGAGAAUUAUCCAGGAAGCUGAGUUGAGCGAUGCUAAGUGGAUACAGAAUCGAUACGAAUAA